AUGAAACCGAAUCUACGUAACGCAGACGUGAAAUCUUCACGUCAUGGUUCACUAUCACCCAAAGAUGGAACACAAACACCAACUAAAAUACAACCUAAAAGACGAGCUAAAAGUGCGAUCAAAGACUAUUCACUACUUCUUCUCAACAAACCAUCAAUUAAUUACUCGGGAAAUCGAGCCAAAGUUGUGGAUGAUGGAACACCGAGUAAAAUUAUUGCUUCGCAGUUGCAGAAGGUUAAUUUUCAAUACUCAUUUAUUUUUGUGUUAAUUUUGAUUCCGAUAACACAACGAUAA